UCCCGUAGGUCGCAGACCCUCCCCUCCCUGAAAGCUUGCGCUCUGUCCCUCCCACGGAGGUUAUAUAAAGCUAGCUCAACCAACUGUCUCCUGGCUAAGUCUUUCCCCCCUUUCUCUUGUUGAUGGUGAGGUUCUGUGAAAGAAGGAUGAAGUUCUUCGUAGCUGUAACGGUCAUUGUGGGAUCACUGCUGUUCCUCGGUUUCCCUAAUGGCUCUUCGGCUGACGAGAAGAAGAAAGGCCCCAAAGUAACUGCAAAGGUUUACUUUGACAUCAGAAUCGGAGACGAAGAUGUGGGAAGGGUCGUCAUCGGUGUCUUUGGCAAAACUGUUCCCAAAACAGUCGACAACUUUGUCGCCCUGGCAACAGGAGAGAAAGGAUUCGGUUACAAGGGCAGUAAGUUCCACAGAGUCAUCAAACAGUUCAUGAUCCAGGGCGGAGACUUCACCAGAGGAGACGGCACGGGAGGCAAGAGCAUCUAUGGAGACCGUUUCCCUGACGAGAACUUCAAGCUGAAGCACUACGGCCCCGGCUGGCUUAGCAUGGCCAACGCCGGCAAAGACACAAACGGCUCCCAAUUCUUCGUCACCACAGUGCAGACGCCGUGGUUAGACGGCAAACACGUAGUCUUCGGCAAAGUUCUGGAAGGCAUGGAUGUUGUCACAAAAAUCGAGAACACAAAGACAGACGGUCGCGACAAACCUCUCAAGGACGUCACCAUCCACGACUGCGGCAAGAUCGAGGUGGAGAAGCCAUUUGCAGUCGCCAAGGAGUAGAGCGCAACUCGUUAAAACGGGCAGGUGGGGAGGGGGGAAACGGACAGGGGUCGUGAUGUUGGCGGAAUUAUGCGGGCCACUUUUUUUUUUCUUUUUUUGUUGUCUUUUUUUUUUUAUUGUCAGUAAGAACGCUGCAAUCUGGAGGGGAAGAAGAGGGCACAUUCUGCGUUGGUUGGCUGCCAUCUUAAUGCACCAGAACAACGUUAAUGCAGUCAUGAGUCUGGGUCCACUUUACCAACAAGCAUUCCAAGGUGCACUUAACUGAUCACUGUUGGGCUAUUUUGUAAAAAAAAAAAAAAAAGAAAAAUGACGGGGAAAUAAAGAUUCCAUGUUUUGGUAAAUCAC